AAAAAAAGUAUAUUUUUUUAGUUUAGCAAGUUUAUUUAUUUGUUCCAUUUGGUCUGUAUCAUAUUUUUAGUGCUAAAACUACUUUAUUAUUUUUAAUGGCACCUCAGAAAACUAUAUUGUAAAUACGAUAAACUUCAUAUAAAGAAAGUAGAAAGAUAAAAGAAAGUAGAAGAGAAUAAAGUCCGUUUUGUAAGAACCUUGGAAUUUGCCGCGAAUUUGCCACGAAUUCUAACCUAUAAAAAUAAAUUUAUAAGAAAAGAAAAAAUAUGUUAAUACUGAAGUGGUGGUGACAUUUAAGCACUUUUGUGGAGUACCCGUUUUUAUGCAAGUAUUCCUGCCACAAUAUUAUACAGAUAUAUAUACUCGUAAACAAAUAUUUGAUGGGACAAUAAAUACAAAGUAUGAGAAACAUAAAACGAAAGUGUGUCCAAGAGGCAAGUACACCUAACAAGCAACAACUUGAUAUUAAGACAUCUUUCAGUAUGUGGGCUAAUAAAGUACAUACUUCCAAGCAAUUAUGUUCUAGUCCUAACAUAAUCGUGAAACGGCCGCUUCCUUUCGAUUAUCCUGAUGAUGACGAAGAAGUUUUACCAAUUAACGACGCCAAAAAGUCAAAAAUAAAUAUCAUAUCAAACCAAAUUGUCACUCCACCAAAACCAGCCCAAACCUCAAAGACUGAAUGUCUGUCACAAACGACUAAACAACUGAAUUCGACACCUAGGCAGCCUAAAGAAGAAAAACCCGGAAUCAAUAAAUACUUUCUAAAGUCGAUCAAAGACUUGAUAGACAGUAUUUUUGAGUCUAAGUAUUUAAUAGACCUGCUGACAGAAAACGAAAUGACACUGUUAAAUAAUUUAAGAAACGCUAAACAAGAAUAUCAAUACGUUUGUUUUAAAUUGUACAAAUGGCAACCAAAAUGGCACAAACUUUCAGAAUAUCUUGACCGAAUUAAUUUAAUGGUACAAGAUAAAGAGUUGAUUGCAUUAUUCGAUUUUUUAAAGGGGAACAAUUUUGUGGAGACAGAUUAUAAAAAUGAUGAAAUAGAAACCCUUCUAAAUGUACUUGUUAAGAAGGACAUUUCGAGUAUAUGCCAGAAAUUCAAAAUUUCAACUUCUUUGAGCACAAAGCUUGGCAGUUUAAAAAAGGCUGACCUUAUACAAAAAAUAUUAAAAACGUGUAAAAACCAACAAACUUUAACUAAAUCGAUGAGUGCAUCAGAUUUAGUGCGAAUAGAAAUAUCAAAGAAAUUAGGUUUAUACGCCAUUAAAGUUAAAGAUGAAUUUAAAAAAUGGUUUCGACGUGUAUUCAUUUUGGCCACUUUUACGAAUUCGCAUUUGUCAACUUUAGAUGACUUUUUAAAUUUCAUGCAAAGGGGUAACGAGCUUCCUGACUUUGUUGUUACAGACUACCCAGUGUUUUAUUCUCCAGCGGAAUUUGACAGAUAUGAAGAAGCAUGCGCUUUUAAAGACCUAGAUCUCUGUCAGAAAAAUCCUUUGACUUUUCUCGCUUGGGGCAAUACCAUCUUCAAAAACCUUAAAUCUCUGCCACAAAUUGAAGACGAAAAUCGGUAUAAUGAUACGCCGCAUUUAAAGCGUUUCACAGCUGAAUCAAUGUAUAAAAAAUGCUUAACCGGGAUUUCAGAAAAAAUAUCAACGAAAUACUGCAAUGAAGUCAAAGAGUGGCUAGAAUAUUUAAAAGAAAAAUAUCCGAAAUCGCAACAACUGGGAAAGUGGUAUUUCUUGUUAGUGCGAAUAAAUCACAAUCUACGUAAUAGCGAAAUUGCCGGGGAUUUAUUGGUCGAAGCGUUCGAGAGAAGGGAGGAAUUUAGUGAUGUAGACGUUGAAAUUUUACAAGAACGAGCAAGAUUUAUGUUCAAUAAAAAUAUCACACAAUAUCAAAAGGAUGUUCUUUUAAAAUUGAUGCCAGAACGACUUCGAGAAGACGCUUUUCCUAGAAUUACUGUUGACAGUGUUUCUAUUCGAAGCAAUGCUCCUGGUCGCAAACGAGACUACGUUUACACCGAUGCUAAAGGAAACAAAGAGUACAAAACCGUUGAAGAAGUCGCUUUGGAUUACUACUGCAAAGAAGUCGGUUAUACCAACGGUCUUCACUGUGAGAACUCCAUUAUCCUAGCUUUAUUUGCUCUCUUCUUCUGGGAUAUAAUAUACCAUCCUCAAAAGGAGGUACCUGGUACUUUUGUUUCAAAAUUACAAUGUUAUCCGUUGGAUUUCUAUACCAUUUAUUUCUAUAAAAACAGGAAGGAAAUAAUAGACUAUAGGUUAAAGAAUGUAGCUGCUAAUUGGUCGGAUGCGAAAUUGUGGGAUUUCGUCAGUGAUAAAUGGGAUUCGUAUGGACACGUUACUUGCUUUUGUAAAAUAAAAUCCAUCAUAUCUAGUAAGGAUAUUUUGAAAGUUUUGAUAGCUUGUAUGGAAAGAAAUGUGAUGGCAAAAAUAUUCGAGAGGUUGGUGAAAAAUAUCAAAUUGUAUGGGAGCGGAUUGCCCGAUUUGUUCCUUUGGGAUGUGAAGAAUUCUAAGUGUAAAUUCGUAGAAGUUAAAGGAGAAGGAGAUACUUUAUCAGAAAAGCAAAAGUUGUGGCUGCAAUAUUUACAGUCUAUUGGAGCUGAUAUUGAAGUUUGUUUUGUACAUUCCAUUGGUUCAAAGAAGAAAAGCGGCAAGGGAAAGUUAGUAAAACCACAGAAAGCGAGUAACAAAACCAAAAAAUCUGAAAAAUCCUCAAAAAACGACACCUCUGUUGUGGUACCAAAAGUAGUCACAAAUGAAAAACAUUUACGUAUAAGUAUUCCAAAAAAUCUGAUGAUUGAUUAUGAUAAUGAUUCUGGCAGUGAUUCUAGUUCAUGUUUUCAACCCAAAACGCCAGUUUCGCCAAAAAAGAGAAAAAUAGUUCUGAACAUGAAAAAUAAUUCCAACAAAAACAAUUCUAAAAUUUGUACACCAAUUAAAAAUGGGGAUAAACAGUCUACAAACAAUAUGAACGUUUCUUGUCAUGGAAAUAGUCUUACUUCAAAUCAUUCUAAAUCCAAUGAGGAAUUUUCAAAAGAUAAACCAAAAAGAGGAGGUUGGCUGAGCAAAAGUAAAGAUUUGCCAAAAAAAAAUAGCAAGACUGAUUCCGAGGAAAGUUCAAAAUCAUUCCUAAGUUCAAGUGACUCGACUACUUCAGAGAAUAAAAGGGAACAUUCUGAAAGUAAUGAAAACGCAUUUCCUUCAAAAAAGAAGCCAUCUCGUAGAUUGUUCAGUUUAUGAUUUAUAUUUUACCGUUUCAACCUUUUUUUAUUCUUUUUUAUACUUUUAACGCACGGUAUACACCCAGCGAAAUUUGUACCUUUACAAAAUUGGCAAUUGCUUUAUUUUUUAUUCACACUUAUUUUACGAUUUUCAAAAUUUUCUUAGUAUUAUUUUUGAGAUUUGAAUCUACAAAUAAAUUAAAAUGCUGUAUUUUUAAGCUAAAAAGUGUUGUGUUUAAAAUGUACUGAUUAAUUUUUAUCAUUGUUAAGUUUGAAAUGUUAAGUUCCAUUGUUUUAGAGUUAUAUUGUUACACAUUCGCAGUUUGUUUCAUUAUUGUCUGAAUCACUGUGAUAAGAACUAUCUAUA